UAUUGCCUAUUCUUAAGCCCUAGAAAUGGCUAUUUGCCUAAAAAAAAAAAAUUAUAAUUUACUCUUUGAUUAAGAAAAAAAAAUUAGAGUAAAAGCCUAACAUUUGACAAUUUGUGGGCUGUGCUUUCAGACCGUUCAAUUGAAGUGCAAGCGGGAGUUGGAAAGAAGAGUCUGAUGAUUGGAUUUUGAUUCCUCCUCAGAUUAUUCUAAUUUCUUUUCUUUGUGCUAAAAUAUAUAUAAUUAUUUGUUAAAUUUCGUGAUCUCAGUUGUAAUUCCACUGUUUGAAAUCUUCUUAUCUGCCGAUCUGCUCGACUUCAUACCCAGUUACCCUCUCUCUCUCUCUCUCUCUCUCUCUCUCUCUCUACGGUUUCAAGAACAAGGAAGCAGUUUAAACUGAUUUGCCUGAAUAAGAGAGGCAGAUAUGUCCCCUUCAAAUGGCAGUUCAUCAGGAGGAGGAGGAAUUGCUAAUAAUAGUAAGAAUUUCAUACAGCAUCAGGUCUCCAAGAAGGACACUCUGGCUGGUGUGGCCAUCAAGUAUGGCGUUGAGGUGGCUGACAUCAAAAGGUUGAAUGGGUUGGCCACGGACCUUCAAAUGUUUGCUUUAAAGACGUUGCUGAUACCAUUACCCGGAAGACAUCCCCCAUCUCCCAUUUUGUCCACUGCUUCUGCUUCUCCAGGAGGGAACAACCUUGAUAAACAACCACUGCGUCCUUGCUAUUCCAAUGGGUUGGAAUCAUUCGAGUCCUUAAGAUUGAAGUCAACCCAACAGAAGGUUUCUCCAGCUAUGAGCACUUUACGGAAGUACUAUGGUCUCAAAUCUUCAAAUCACAUGGGCGCAGCUGAAGGCACAGAGAUGGCAGUUUACCAAACAGGAAGCUCAGAUUCCCUAAUUGAGGGGCUAUUGUCCAGAACCACACCAAUCUAUGAGUCUCCAUACCACAAUCUCAAAUCACGGAAUUUUGCUAAUGGUUUAUUCCCUGAGGAUGGUACUGUGGUAGAUUACAUGCCUCUUGCAGAUGCUGGAGAUUUAGAAGGUGACAAGUCCAAUGAGAAGUUGGUCCGGAGACGCCAGAAAUCUGAAGCAGAUUUUAGAACUGGAACACCAGAAAGGCUGUUGAAGGAAGAAAACAUUGGUGGAAGCAGUGAUUUCUCAACUGUAGCGGGAAAAGGUUUAGCUAUGAGACCAAAAUCAGCGAGCCGAACAGAGCUGUGCACCGAGUCAGAGCCAGGAUGUUUAAAUUCUAUACCAGUGGGUUUGGGAGAUUCUUUUAUUUCUGAUGGACCACUGACUGGAGUUCGUAAAUCAUCAAGUACACCAAGUCUGCUUGACCAGGACAACAAUAAUACCUCUUCUGUUUGGCCAACUUCAAAGUGGAGUUUGAAAUCUGACCUGCAGGCUUUCUCGUCUGCAGCAAUAAAUAUACCUAUAUUCGAUGGUUUGCCAAAGCCAAUAUCUGGGCGCAAGAGCAAAGCUGCCCUUGAUUAGCCUGAUGUUUUGCAAUCUGAUGGAAAUUUUUUGUUCUGUAUUUAUGAUCUAAAGGGAAUGGAAUGUCACAGCCUCUCACUGCCAUGUGUCAUAUUGCUGCAAAGUGCAAUUGAAAAAGGAGUAAGGCCUGGAAUAUUAUAAAAAAAAAAGUAAGAAAAAUACAAUAUUGGGUUAUCCAUUUGAGAAAAAAAAAAGGUUGAAAUUGUCAUUUUGACAGCUCUACAAUCUCAAUUUUUAACAGGGUGUUCUAAUCAAGAUCAAUAAAAUUUAGUUGUUAUAUAAUGUAAACGAAGCCAUUUGUCUAUGUAUGAUUACUGGAAGUGCAUUUAUCCCACUUGUUUCAUAUGAUGUUCAUUUGAAUUCCAACGGAGAAUAUUACAUUGAUUUAUUGGAGAAAUAUGUUUUCAUUAUUGUAUUGAUUGUAAGAUGAGAAGCAUGAGCUUGAUUUA